GUUUAAGUGAUACGACCCAAUGUCACCUUCAGCGUCCCACUCCUUAGCUCCUCCCCCUUCCACCCCCCACCCCACCCCCGCUGCUAUAAAAGCCGGGGGUCUCAUGGUCAGGGGAAGCAGUUCAUACACGCGUGCAGAGAGGUCUGAACUCUCCGUCGUCUCCAUUCGCCUACCGGAGGUCCAUCCAGCAGCAGGCGCAGGCAGGGAUCAUGGCCACGGCAAAAUUCCAGACGGUUUCCCCUUACGCCCAGGCCAAGCAGGUCGCUCACCACUCGGACUACAGGCAUGAGCAGUACCUUGUGAACGCCGGGCUCAGCCAGAGGAAGGUGAAGCAUGACAUCGACGUUGCAUCUCACCUGCAAGUCAUCAACGUUGCACUCUUCGCCCUGGGUCGAGCAGGCUCGAUCCACCUGGGCAACAUCAUGAAGAACCCGCGGCUGAAUCUCAAGUACCUGGUGGAGCCGUGCAAGGAGAAGCUGGAGCGCGUCGCCAGGGAGUGGCGCCUCCCGCCCUCCGCCCUGCUCACGCCCGAGGAGCAGGACGCUGUGUUCGGGGAUGUGGAACUUCACGGUGUGGUGAUUGCCACGCCCACCCACCUGCACAGAGACCUGGUGACGAAGGCGCUGAAUGCUGGGAAGGCCGUUCUGUGCGAGAAGCCAAUUGCAGAGGAAAUGGAAAGCGCUAAGCACUGUUACGAGAUCGCACAGAAGACGGGGAAGCCUCUGAUCUGCGCAUUCAACCGGCGCUUCGACCCGAGCUUCUGCCAGCUUCAGAGGGAGGUUCAGGCGGGGGCGAUCGGGCAGGUGCACUUGGUGAAGACGGUAGCCAGGGACUCGCCGCUGCCCUCUAUUGAGUACCUGAAGCAGUCGGGCGGAAUCUUUCACGACUGCGCCGUCCACGACAUCGACCUGAUCUGCUGGGUGAUGGGCGAGUACCCGGUCGAGGUCUUCGCCGCCGCCUCCGCCUUCAUCCCCGAAGUGCGUGACAUCGGCGACCACGACACGGUGGCCUUCACGAUGAAGUUCCCGAGCGGCGCCCUCUCCACGACGGACCUCAGCCGCAACGCCGUCUACGGGUACGACCAGCGCCUCGAGGCAUUCGGUCCCAAGGGCAUGCUCAGCGCCCACAACGAACGCCCCUACCAGAUCCGGCGGGCGACGGAGGCGGGGGACACCGAGCCGCCCAUCCUGCACUCCUUCCCCUCGCGUUACUACGAAGGAUACGUCAGGGAGCUCGACCACUUCUGCGACGUCGUUCAAGGUCUGGACGACAACAUGCUGUCCGGUGAAAACACUCUCCGUGUAUCUAACAUCGCUUCUGCCCUCGAGGAGUCGGUCAGGACAGGUCAGGCGGUCAAGGUCACCUACUGACGUCAUCGGUCUGUUUGAGGCGGAAGCUGGUUUUUUUUUUUUUUUUGUUUGAGGCGAAAUUUAUUUUGUUUCGCGUGUGUUCCUUUUUUUUUAUUGUCUUUUUUUUUAUAGUUUGUGUUUUUUGUUUGUUGGCGAUGGAGAUUAGAUUUGCUGUUGAGGAAUGUGUAUUUGUGUGUGUGCAUAUACAAACAUACACACACACACACACAUACAUACACGCACGCACACACAUACACACACACACACACACACACACACACACACACACACACACACACACACACACACACACACACACACAUACAUACAUACACCCCCCCCCCACACACACACACGGAUGAAAUAAUCAUUAACAGCUAAAAAAGUGUUUAUUUUAGUCCUG